AUGGACCCAACUUCUUCUGUGAGCUUUUGUUAUUCUUCUCUGCUGUUGAAGUUAAUUCGCCAUAUGGUAUUUGGCAUGAUGCGCCAUCUCUUAGGCCAAACCUCAUUUGUGUCUUCCAGGCUGCUCCUUCUCUACCAUGCUCUGUGCCUAGCCCUGCUGGAGGUUUCAGCCCAUACCGUGGAGCUAAAUGAAAUGUUUGGCCAGAUCCAGUCCCCUGGCUAUCCAGAUUCCUAUCCAAGUGAUUCCGAGGUGACUUGGAAUAUUACUGUCCCUGAGGGGUUUCGGAUCAAGCUUUACUUCAUGCACUUCAACUUGGAAUCCUCCUAUCUUUGUGAAUACGACUACGUGAAGGUAGAAACAGAAGAUCAGGUGCUGGCAACCUUCUGUGGCAGGGAGACCACGGACACGGAGCAGACCCCCGGCCAGGAAGUGGUUCUUUCCCCUGGCUCCUUCAUGUCUGUCACUUUCCGGUCAGAUUUCUCCAAUGAGGAACGAUUCACGGGCUUUGAUGCCCACUACAUGGCUGUAGAUGUGGAUGAAUGCAAGGAGAGAGAAGACGAAGAGCUUUCCUGUGACCACUACUGCCACAACUACAUCGGCGGCUUCUACUGCUCCUGCCGCUUCGGCUACAUCCUCCACACAGACAACAGGACCUGCCGAGUGGAAUGCAGUGGCAAUCUCUUUACCCAGAGGACAGGAACCAUCACGAGCCCCGACUACCCCAACCCUUACCCCAAGAGCUCCGAAUGCUCCUAUACCAUCGACUUGGAGGAUGGCUUCAUGGUCAGCCUGCAGUUUGAGGACAUUUUUGACAUUGAGGACCAUCCUGAGGUGCCCUGUCCAUAUGACUACAUUAAGAUUAAAGCUGGUUCAAGAGUCUGGGGGCCCUUCUGUGGAGAGACAUCCCCAGAGCCAAUCAGUACUGAGAGUCACAUUGUCCAGAUCCUCUUCCGAAGCGACAACUCGGGAGAGAACCGAGGCUGGAGACUCUCCUACAGGGCAGCAGGAAACGAGUGCCCAAAGCUCCAGCCUCCCGCGUUUGGGAAAAUCGAGCCCUUGCAAGCGGUGUAUUCCUUCAAAGACCAAGUGCUCAUCAGCUGCGACACAGGCUACAAAGUGCUCAAGGAUAAUGAGAUGAUGGACACGUUCCAGAUUGAAUGUCUGAAGGACGGCACAUGGAGUAACAAGAUUCCCACCUGUAAAAUUGUAGACUGCGGAGUCCCAGCAGGGUUGAAGCAUGGACUGGUGACCUUCGCCACAAGAAACAACCUCACGACAUACAAAUCCGAGAUAAGAUACUCCUGCCGGCAGCCCUAUUACAAGAUGCUUCACAAUAUCUCAGGUGUAUAUACGUGUUCUGCACACGGGGCCUGGACGAAUGAAGUGCUCAAGAGAAGCCUGCCCACCUGCCUUCCAGUGUGUGGUCUCCCCCAGUUCUCCCGGAAGCAGAUCUCCAGGAUCUUCAUGGGACGCCCAGCCCAGAAGGGUACCACUCCGUGGAUUGCCAUGCUGUCACACCUGAAUGGGCAGCCCUUCUGUGGGGGUAGCCUUUUAGGCUCCAGCUGGGUUCUGACAGCCGCUCACUGUCUCCACCAUCCACUUGACCCAGAAGAUCCAAUCCUACACAGCUCGUACUUGCUCAGCCCUGCUGACUUCAAAAUUAUCAUGGGAAAGCACUGGAGGCGCCAGUCAGACGAAGAUGAGCAGCAUCUGAGUGUGAAGCGCAUCACCCUGCACCCGCUGUAUGACCCCAGCACCUUUGAGAACGACCUGGGUCUGGUGGAGCUCUCAGAGAACCCGAGGCUAAAUGACUUUGUGAUGCCUGUCUGUCUGCCUGAGCAUCCCUCCGGGGAAGGAACCAUGGUCAUCGUCAGCGGCUGGGGGAAGCAGUUCUUACAUAGGUUUCCAGAGAACCUGAUGGAGAUUGAAAUCCCAAUUGUAAACUCGGACACCUGCCAGGAAGCCUAUGCCCCUUUAAAGAAGAAAGUGACCGAGGACAUGAUCUGUGCUGGAGAAAAGGAAGGCGGGAAAGAUGCCUGUGCUGGUGACUCUGGAGGCCCCAUGGUGACCAAAGAUGAAGGGGCAGACCAAUGGUACCUGGUGGGCGUGGUGUCCUGGGGCGAGGACUGUGGGAAGAAAGAUCGCUAUGGAGUAUAUUCUUACAUCUAUCCCAACAAGGAUUGGAUCCAGAGAGUCACUGGGGUGAGGAACUGA